AUGGGACCUGCGGAAACUCACCUCGAGCAUGGGCUCGUGAAGCUCUACUGGGAUGGCGUCGAGCAUGAGCUCCCUGGGCUUUUGCACCUUUUCCAUCAGGAAGCACCGCCGGUAGUCACUGUCGACGACGGGAAGAUGGCCUCCGAGGACGGAGCCACGCAGAUGGACCUAACGGUGACUGUAGAGGAUGUUGAGAGAGCGGGAUCUCACUCAACCCCUCCCCAAGCUGCACAGGAGGAUGCUAUUUCCCUGAGGAACAGAGUCCGCACCCUCCUCCGCGCAUCAGAAUGGCUGGACAUUGAAAAAGUCGUCGAGGAUCGGGAACACGCCACAGUGCCACAGAAAGCCCAGGGUGUCACAAACGUCUCUAAUCCCACCCGAAAUGAGAAGAUGGCAAAGAAAAGGCCAUCUGCCGGGAGACGACUAUUUGAGCGGAUGAGGCGCGUGAGAUACUCCGUCAUUCGGAGUACGUAUGGGAGGGGCAAGUCUCCCUAUGCCGCGAUGCACAUGGCUUUGCGUAUUGGAACAGUCAUGUUCGAGAAUGGUGUAGCCCACACGGAUGGAGGCGUGGUGAUUUCAAGUCGACUUUCACCACAUCCGGAUCAGGCAACCCUUCGCUCUUCAGAAAACACCAGAGCACUUCUCUUGACCGGAAAGAAGAGGAAACUCGUCUUCAGCCAAUCACGGAACCCGGCCCAGCAAUGGAACAACACGGCGAUGAAGCAGGUUUCCGGGAAUGACUUUUGCGGUCUGUUUGAUGCAAAGAACGAGAACAAAGUCAUCGACGCAUUCAUCCAAGAGAGUCUCAACGUCAAGGAAAGUUGUACUGGGAAUGUCUGCUCAUGUGAAAGAGACAAAAUCUAUGCAGGCACCAUUCGGGUCCUGAACGAACUCAAGCGGUAUCUUGGGCCAAGAGUCAGACUCUAUAUGAGCACAGUGGCGAGCCGUCUUCUCGACCCCUCCGUCCGCUUAGCAUGGCACCCAGACAAUAACAACUGCCAAGCUUUUUGCGAGAGCCUGAUCGACAGUUCCAUCUUCCGGCUGUCGUUCACCUCGAACGAACCGAUCAGUUUCGGGGGCGGGGAAAGCACCGCGCUAAACCCCUUCGUCGACAACUCGGAUCGGUUGAAAGAAGUUACACGUGAUUCUCGGCUUGAUACUUCUGGUGGUCUUGCCGAGUUUCUGUCGACCAUCAACCCAGAGUCGAAGCGAGGCUCUGAAGCGAUGGAUCAGCUCACGCAAGUGAAAACCAAGAAUCUUUCCAUCCACCUUCAUCGUCCAUCCCGCACUAGGAACAAGAACUCCAUACACGAGCUAGUACAAUAA